GACGAAUUGUGAUGACAUUCGAAAAUAAAAUAAUUUUCGACAUUAUUGUUCUCCCCAACAAUACUUCGGCUGAUAAACAAUUUUUGAUCGAACCUAAUUCCAAUGAAUUGCUGCAAAAGAGAUGAGGAAGUGGAAAACCUGACGGUCAGAAAAAUUCCGCGACCUCCUAACGCCUUCAUGUUAUUCGCAAACGCCAACAGGAAAAUCAUGGCUCAGAAAUACCCGACCGAGUCCAACAAAGACAUCAGCAAGAGACUCGGUUGCAGUUGGAAGUCGCUCGAACCAUCUGAGAAGAAUAAGUAUUUCGACAAAGCCAAGAUAAUCGAUAACGAACACAAGAAGAAAUACCCAAACUAUGUUUAUAAUCCGAAAGAGGCGAGAAUCAGGAAAGCAAUGCGUGAGGCAAACAGAGAUCGCUCGAUGGGGAAUUCCCCCAUGCUACCAAGGCUUGGAGAACGACUUCCCCCGCAUUCUGAAUGGACGCAAUCGCAGGAUGAUCCGUUGAUGAUGAGCCCGAUGAACGAGAUGAGGCGAAUGGAUUCAUCUAUCUGCAAUUACCCAAUGCCGAAUGCUGAGAGUCAUUUUAUACCUCAGAUUGACGUCUACAAUAAGAUGAAUUCGACCCCGAUGGUGCCAAAUUACAUGCAGCCGAGCCCACUGGCCCAGUUACAACAGCAACAGACCGAAAUGUGGCAUCCUUACCAGAAGAACGUGCAACCCAGGCCCUGCGGUACGCCAUUCCACCAGCCUCUAAUACAAGGGAUGCAGCAGUCUCCGUACAUUUCCCAAGAGCCGGUGCAAGAUUCCGCCACCAAUCUCAUCAUGGAUAAAUCACAAGAGUCUCCCUCCGUCUGUAUACCUCAACCGCACGCGGAACCCGGCGAACCCCUAGUACCUGAGAAUAACGUAUUGCCGCCGUGCUCUAAUACUCCGGAACGGCCAAAGUCAGCACAAACUAAUCAACAGCAUUACAUGGAUACGAACCCCGUGAUGGAAUGCAUGCAGACGACGAUGGUGGAUAACAAGCAACGCCAAAGUUCGAACGACCACCUGCAGCAGGCGGCCGAAGCCGCGGUCAAUCGUAAAAGUUUCGAACCUGCUGCUAAGAGCGAGGCGGCUGUUGUUACCAAAAAGCCGCGUGGUAGGCCUCCAACGAAAAAAGUCGCGCCGCCUCCACCGCCCCCCAAGCCUCUGCCCGACUUCAACGAGGCCUUCGGCUCAACGGAAAGGGGACGGUUUCUGAGUCCACCUGAUCCACGUCUGAACAAAAGUUAUUUCGAUAUGAUGUUCGACAAUGACAGCUUCAUGAAAUUCGACGAAUUUUAAAACGACCUCGUCUGUUGUAGGAUAAUUGUUGUUGUUGUGGUUGAAAUUGUAUUCGUCAGAAGGAAAAAAAAGACUAGUUUGAUUUUGGGAGCGAACACUACCGCCUAUCUGAGAGUUUAUUUAGUUCAGGAACCUGUAGAGCGAUGUAGAAUUUCUGCUUGAGGUAAUAGGUGGCGUUGGUGGCAAGAAAUUCACUCUGAAUCAACUCUGUUGCAUUAGGAAAUCCGUCUCCUACAGGAUGAUUUUUAUUUAAAUUUUUAUUAGGUAACUCACUACCAUAGAAAGCAGUUUUUCAUUGGAUUUAUUGUUCUCAAAUGUGUUUUAUAUUUUAUUGGAUUUUUAGCAUGGUGAAUCGAUUUCCAUCGAGGUAGUGUUCGCUCUCAAAGAUGAAGAUCAACUCAUACGAAUCUAUUCUACAAAAAUGUUUAUUUCCGUGUAUUUUUUUCGCUGAAACUUGACAUAUAUGUUCGGGGACCAAAAUUUUCAGCAUGUUUCAUUUACGCUCCAAUGGGGGGCUAGGUUUACUUUGAUAUUUAAUCAUGCAAAAUAAUGGAAAAUUUGAACAUUUGACCAAUUUUUCUGAAGUUACAAGUCAUCCAUGAAUAUCUCAUGUGAAGGACAGGAAAAUCUCCAGAUGAAUAUAUAGGGAUCGUCUCGAGAUCUCCUUAUAUGUUAUGACCGUAUGAAUGUUGAAAAUGUUUUUACGAUAUGGACUAUAUCAAAGUAUUUGAUGGCUUACACAAAUGGAUCGGAUUUAUUAUUUUCUGCUUUGUUUUUUUCCCUUCACACUCUGAUUGAAAAGAGAUUGUCAGUUUAUCAAAAUUUAUUUAAACGAGAGUUAUUUUCUCUUUGUUCAGAUAUUUAUAAAUCCACAGAACUAGUGUAUAAAAUCCUGAAAGAAGGAUACUCUCAAAUCUAUAUGGAAUGAAUCAAAAUUAUUAUUUUCAUUCGAAAUACUCAUUAUGGAAUUUUAUUUGAGAUGCGUUUUCUAGAGUUUCACAACCCCACAGAUUCAAUAUAAGGACAAAUUUUCAACUAAUAUCUUGAUUGAAAAAAUCUGGUUUAUAUGGAAUAUUGGAAAAUGAGAGUGGGGUUGUGAAACUCACCUUCGAUAU